AUGGCUUCGUGGAUGACAGACUGGGCUGAAAAAGGCAAUUACCUUUUGAAUUCCUUGGACAGCCGUGUGGCUAACUUUCUCCAGCCAACUGAAUUGACGAUUGUGCAAUCUUCAAUUUCCUCUCAAAUGGAGCCAACACCUCCAUUGCUCGCUGAAAAGGCCAAUCUCGAUGUUGUUUCACCGGUAACACCCGAAGGAACUGUAUCUAAUCAUUGCAUCGUCGACACCACAGACGUCCAGCUAUUUGAGUUCCUCAACAAUCCCGCUCCCAUGGAACAGGCUGUCACCGAGCUGAUGACAUCACUUCCUGCGCCACCACCAAAGCAGCCGCUGCAGCCGCAACCCCAAGUGUCCGUGCCGAGCACUUCUACAGACGCAGUGGUGGAGAACCGUUUGUUGCAUCAGGAGGUAGUCUCCUUAAAUCAGGAGAUCGCGGAACUGGUGAAGCGAAAUAAACGUGCUGAGAGCGAGACGCAACAGCGAAACGAUGAGGUCGGUUCAAUUUUGAUAAAUACUGUCACACUGUUGUAG